GUCCCUCGUUUCGGAAUUCCCUCGAGACCCGCAGGCGAAGUUUCCCAGCCAUUCCCGUCUCGAACCAUCAAAGCAGCCACUCCCGCCCAAUCGCCUGGCAAUCCGUAAGCUCAGGCAUUUUGCCACGAGCUUGCAGGGUGUGUUUCAAUAUCUAACGACUUUCCAGAGUGGCCCCAUGUGAGAUCCGACGCGGUCUCCAUAAUUCAUUCCUUUAGCAGAAUUGACUAGCCAGCGACAAAAAUGUGCUAUGGCAAUAACAGAGAUCACAAAACGAAGGAGUGCCCCGCAGCAGACAACCGACGGAGCAGUUGACAUUGUCGCCAUUCAUGACCUGAAUGAAGAUGGGGUCCAGACUUGGACAGACCCGAAGUCGCAAGUUCUUUGGUUGAGGGACCUACUACCGGACAAGCUGCACCACUUUCGAGUGUUGCUCUACAACUAUAACUCAGAGGCCUUCACAUCACCAGGUGCAUGCUCUUCGAACCCACUCCUUACCCAGGCAACAAGCCUUGUGGCCGAAUUGUGCGCCGAUCGCGAGCUAGAGGAUGCCUUUGAUCGCCCCAUCAUCUUCGUCUGUCAUGGCUUCGGAGGUCUUUUAGCCAAACGGGCCUUAGCAUACUCUAGCUCAAGGGAAGCCAAAGCUAUUGAACACCAAAGAUCAAUAUACACGUGCACAUACGGCAUCCUAUUCUUUGGAACACCUCAUAAUGGCAUCAGUGCAGACAGUGUCCUAGCACAAAGCCAUCCGAGUUCUGGGCCGACUCAUUUUAUGCUCAACCUGCGCAAGGGAUCCGAGAUGUUGAAUGAGAUAAAUGACCAGUUCGCGCCGUUGAUGAAGCAGUUCUCAAUAUUCAAUUAUUGGGAAGAAUUGGAAACCAAGCAUGGAAACCGCAGAUUCUAUGUCGUUGACCAGGACUCCGCGGCUCCUGCGUGGGACAAUGUUGAGAAAUGCGGUAUCAUGGCAACCCACUCUACGAUGAUCAAGUUUCCAAGUAUUUCAGACCGCAGAUUCCGACCGGUUCUCGAAGCGCUCACACGUUAUGCCAGACGCGCACCCGCGCUGGUCAAGUCACGGUGGAUAAAAGAUGCGGAGCUGAUCGAUCGGAAACGCCAGCAGGAGGUAGAGGAGUUGUUACACGUUCAACGUCAUCACCUGCUUCAAGCGGACUCCUAUCCGUCAGAUUACAACCAAUGGUGCGUUUGUCGUCGAAAGCCUGAUCCUUAUUUCACUGGGCGGGAAAAGCACUUGAUAGAGGUGAAGAACAUGCUCGGUCCCAUCCGAAAGCAUGGUGAUCAAACCAGCACUAAAGUCUUGGUAAUCUACGGCUUGGGAGGCUCCGGAAAAACUCAGUUCUGUCUAAAAUAUGUUGAGGACAACAAGCAGAGGUACUGGGGAGUUUUCUGGAUCGACGCUAGCAGCGAAAAGACGGUCGAAUCUGAAUACGCCGUCAUAGGUACACAAGCAGGACGAGGCACUACGAUGGCUUCGACACUCCAUUGGCUAUCGCAAUGCAGGCAACCGUGGCUCCUGAUCUUGGACAAUGCAGACGAUCCAGAGUCGGAUAUAUCCGCUUACUACCCGAGCCAAGGUAACGGCCAUGUUAUAGUGACAACUCGUAAUCCUAAUGCCGUCGAACAUGCUACAGUCGGCCAUAUCAGAUUCCGCGGUAUGGAACCCCAUGAAGCUGUAACUCUUCUUUUGAAGGCCGCAUACCCGAAGCAACACCGGAGUUCAAACAUGGCCAGCCCAACUAGCCCUAAGAAAUGGCACCUUGCUGAGGGUAUUGCGGUCGAACUAGGAUACCUGCCCCUCGCAAUACAGCAUGCCGGCGCAACUAUUCGCCGCAAUAUCUAUACACUGGAGAGAUACUUGACGUACUACCUACCGCAUCGGAAAUACAUGCUGAGUCGCUCAAGCGAGAAGAGCGUGGACGAAUUGAACAUUACUAGUACUUGGGAAAUUCCGUUUGAGAAGGUUGUUAGUCGAGGUUCGUUGGAGCACAGAGACGCAGUCGACUUGAUGCACCUGUUCGCUUUCAUGCACCACGAAACAAUCCCAGAGCGCAUUUUCCAGAGAUCCUGGUAUGAGUUGAGGUAUUCGAAGUAUGCGCCCAAACGGCUCCCUGACAUUCUCCCGCCCGUAUGGAGUGAGGCAGAGCAAGCCAGAUUUCGAAGAGCAAUAAGAGUCCUAUGCGACUAUUCAAUAAUCGAAUACGAGCCAACCCAAGGUUCAUGCACCAUCCAUCCAGUCGUCCACGAUUGGGCACGGGACAGGCUUGCAUAUGAACAACAGACGCAUUGGCUGCAGUGCACCAUGGCGAUACUGGCCCAAUGCAUAUCACCAAACUUGGAGGCAUCAGGGCGACAAUUUCGAGCCCUUCUUCUGCCGCACAUAAACUCGUGCCUCAAGCUACACAAACAUCAAAACCCUCGAAAGUCCGAAACUCUGAAAACUGCUGCCGAGUUAGAGAGAUUUGCUUGGGUGUACGCCGAACAAGGUCAGUGGAAACACGCGAGCCAUCUUCAAGAAAUAGUCAUUCGCAUUCGGAAGAAGAAGUUGGGAAGCCGACAUGAAGACACCAUUCGUGCCCAACGUAGCUUGGCGCAAUCACGUUGGAAUCUGUUCGAGAUCAGGUCCACUAUAGAACUCCAAAGAGGGAUAAUGAACGUACUGCGCUGGCGUCGUCCGCAUCUUUCUGACUGGGCGGCCUGGCCAAUAUGGAAGCCAAGACACAUUCCAUACUGUCUUGCCUUGAGCGACAUCAGCCUUACUUUGUGGCUUGCAGGUUUGAGAGAUCUCUCGAAAAUGGCCGGGGAGGGAGCGGUAGACGGGUUGAAAAUGCGGCUUGGGCCAGAAGACCCAAUGACCCUGACAGCUAUGUUCAACCUGGCUCGUACAUACCUCCAUCUUCGUGAGUUCUCGAAAUGUAGGGAACUUCUAGUCUGGGUAAUCAAGUACCAGAAACGAUUCUUCGGACUCAACCACCCGGACACGCUGAUGACGAGGAACGAGCUUGGGAUACUACUAUGUGAAACGAAGCGAAAUCUUAGUGCCGCACAACGGCUAGUGGAAAAUGUGCUGAAUGCAAGAAAGAAGAUCCUGGGAGAGGAACAUGCGUACACAUUAUGGUCCAUCAACGACCUUUCAAAGGUAUAUAUUGAGCGGGGCCGUCCAGACAAAGCUGUGGCCUUGCUUGAGAGCGUCGUCCCGGUCGUAAAACGGACACUAGGGCCACACCAUGUUGGCAUGGCCAUGACAAGAUCGAACCUGGGAAAAGCGUAUGUGGAGUCCGGUAAAUGGAAGGAAGCGGAAGAGACCGUGCGUCCAUUGCUUACAGUCAUGCCUUCUCAUAUGGUAGGAACUCCCGACUGGAUUUAUCAAAUGUAUGGCUACGCCUACAUACAGUUCAAGCUCGGGAACCUGCAGGAGGCGGAGAAGUACUGCGUCGAUGUCUUGGAUAAAGUAACGAGAAAAAGGCCUCUAUUGAACAGGCUACCAUGGCAGAAUGCAGCCCCCCUCACGGAUCCAUAUCUCAUCAAGACAGGUAGGAUGCUCGUGAGCAUCUACCGUCACCAGGGACAGGAGGAAAAGAUUGCCGCCAUCAGGAUAAAGUUGCCAGUCGCUGAAUUAAACGUAACGGAUCCUUUAUAUGUUCUCUGAAGUUAUAACUCGUACGUUGGAGGCUCGGUAGCACGAAGAGAUGCGAUAGUGAUGGCAAUUCGUCUUCGCAUAGGAGGACAUUACUGGCAUAUAGGUUAGCAGAAUAAUCUUAACACCUAAUAUUACACUCC